UGUCAAUAUUACACUGCUAACAAAAAAUGGCGGACGAACAGUUACCUGCCGGUUGGGAAAAACGCCUCAGUAGAUCGACCGGUCAGCAUUAUUAUUUGAACAUAUAUACAAAAGAAUCUCAAUGGGAUGCACCAGACAAGCCUGCAGAGCCUGUUUCUUCCAGUGGACCUGAACAAGUUCAAUGCUCCCAUCUACUAGUAAAACAUAAAGAUUCCAGGAGACCCUCUUCUUGGAGGGAAGAAAAUAUCACAAGAUCAAAAGAUGAAGCUUUGGAUUUAGUAAAAUCCCAUCGAGAUCAGAUUGCAUCUGGAAAAGCAUCCUUUGCUGAACUGGCUGCUAAAUAUUCAGAUUGUUCCUCAGCAAAACGAGGUGGGGACCUUGGGCCUUUUGGAAAAGGGGCAAUGCAAAAACCAUUUGAAGAAGCUGCUUUUGCAUUAAAAGUAGGAGAACUAUCAGAUCCUGUCUUUACAGACUCAGGAGUUCAUAUCAUCUUAAGGACAGUUUAA